GUACCCAACACAAAAAAAUAUUUAGAUUUUCAUGAAAAUCUUUCAAUUCCCAUUUCCGAUUUGCUCUUCUUGCAAUUAGUUUUAUGAGUUUAACGUCUCACAUUACAAAAGGCAGACAAACUCUUCUGACUCAUUGUAUAGUAAUCUAAAGACAACGCCAACUUCAUGAGAUUUCUUAAUCUUUUCUCAUGAGAAACCAUCAUAAAAAUAAAAAAAGCUAACAAAAAAGCUAAUCUGGGUUCUAUUUGUCAUGAGAAAUGUGUCACUACUGCAUUCCAGCGUGAUCCGUCGUUCCGGAGCCAAUUCGUUUGUCUACAUACUCACUUAUGUACUUAUCAAUGUUUAACUGUACUUUUAACAAUAGUUUGCCGUGGACAGAUUACGUAGAAAAGGGAUAUGAAUUGUUGUGGGCGUCUCAUUCCGUCCCCAUUCGCGAAACGUUGACAUCCAGUCGUAUAUUUAUCUCUCGCAUUUAUCUGUCGACAUUUGAUUUUUAAAUUGCGAAUCGGAUAAUUUUGAAAUUUUGAAAUUCUUGACAAUCCGACAACAAUGAGCGCUCCAACUGAACCACCCUUCACAGGGUGGGACUGGGCAAUUGUGAUCACAACGCUGGGAAUUUCUAUGCUGAUCGGGUUAUACUUUUGGUGGCAGCGUCACUCCAAAUCUAUCAAAAUUCAGGGCGAUCAAAGCAAUCGUCUCCUCAUCGGAGAUGGAAAGAUGAAACCACUGUCAGUUUCGGUGUCAAUGUUGGUCACGUACUUUUCAGCAAUUGCAAUUAUUGGAUAUCCGGAAAAGUUGUACACAAUCUCUAUCGUUUUGUACCCCGUCAUCGCUGCCACGAUUACCUGCUGCACGGGAACUUUGAUCAGUGUGAUGGCACGCCAUUUGGUCAAGGACAAAGCCCAACUUGAUGGUCCCAAAGAUCUGGACAGGUACUUGCAUCCCAUGGUUUUAAAGGUCAGAGCCUUUCUCCGAAAGAAAAGUGUCCCCGUUUUGGGCAAUACUGGACAUCAAGAGGGGGAACAUACUGACGAUAAGAAUUGUCAAAUCCCAUUGAACGAACUUUAAGAUAACUUAAGGGUGUUAAAUUACGAUAGCUUUAAGCCGCUAAAUAUUUAUGUAUUUAUGUAAAUGCUUUAUUCCCUAUUUUUCUACAUACAUACAAAUGCAUGUUUUUUAAAUGAUUAUUUGCAUUAAA